UGUGUGUGUAGAGGGAAUGAGGAAGUGCAUCAGGCCACAGGUUUCUCAUUUUUUGGUGACACUCCAAGGCUACUCUUCAGGCAAAAGCAAAGCAGGAGCAAACAAGGACUAAAGGAGGGAAACGGGGCAACAGGACCACGCUAACAUCACCUCUGUGAGGGCAGAGAUCAGCGACGGGCAGCCAGAUCCCCCCCCCCAGGACACACAGUGUUCAAGAUGACCCUUAAAGGACUGCUCCUAAGUUCUUCUGCAAUCUUGGCCCCUUCUGUGUCGUGUUCAAAAUAACCACAAGUGGACACUUAACUACAUCUCCGAAUGAAGGCCCCUUUCUGCCUUGAUGCCCACAAAAAGACACACCUUCUCUGCAACGGGAAGUUAGCUGUUACAACUAGGCCAAGUGAGACACAGCUGGCCUUUUGCCCUGUCUCUGCUGAGGAGCAGCUUCAGUGAGCCCCAGGGUGAAAGGAAGGGUGAGCAGGUUGCCAUGGCUCCCUUGGCAGCUGGGAUUUUAGGCUCGGCACCCGAGGCCCUCCUUCCAGGGGUCACGCUGAUGACCGUGCUUUUCAUCCUUGUCCUCUUCAUCAUGCUCCUCGCUCUCUGCUCCAGCUGCAAGAGAAAUUCCUUUGAUCUUGAGGACAGCAAACCAGAAAACAACCCAUCCUCCUUGCUUCACGUGAUGAAGUUGGAUAAAACCAAGGAAGGCAGAGACAACCCCAGUCAUAGCUGGGUCACAAUGGAUGAAAUAGAUGCCUUUCCUGCACCAGAAAACAGUAUUGUACAAAUGAACACCAACUCAGCACAUGAACCAUACCAACCAUGGAGGAAUCAUACUGGCAUUCUGAGACCUCAAGGUGAGACUCAUGCUGGCAUUCAGGAAUUGUCGAACCCUAACACUCCAAGAGAAUCCUCGGGUCCAUUCAUUGGAAACCUCAGGGUACAAAGAAUCCCAAUUGACCCAGUGGCCAGUAUCCAACAGGUCCCAGCAUCGGUGGUCAGUCCAUUGAGGGAUAUGGAUUCCAUGCAGGAGUCAGGUCUUUCUCUGAUGGCACUUGGCCAUUCAGUUGCCUCUGCAGAUAAAUUCCAACUGAGUCAAGGCAGUGACAGUCUUCAAAACCCUACUGCCUCUUUGCAGCACUCACAAAGCGAGAACAUCUACGAGGUUGCCACAGGAGACAGAGGACCAAUCUCCAUGAUUUUGCCCUACGCUCACAUGACCCAAGAGGAUUUUGUGAACCCGGCAUAUCAUACAGCAGAAGAACUGAUGCAGCUUCAGAGCGACGUGACCCCUCCUAGUCACGUGUCCGACUCGCAAAAUGGGAACGCUGUACCGCCCACUUUGCAGGAAGAGGAAGGCCACGAGUCAAGUGCCAAGCGGCUGAACGAUGUAUACGCAAAGGUCAGCAAGAAGAGCAGGAACCAGGAGCUGCCCCCUCCACCCUCUGUACCACCACCAGUGAAUGAGGAUCAUGGUGAAGAAUGGGAAGAAAUCCCCAUUCCACCAUUACCACAGCAAUACAUCAGUCAUAAUGACUGUACCACUGCAGUGUAGCAGGUACACGAUACGGGAAAUUAGAGAAAAAAUAAAAAUAUAAACACACACUGUCUGAAGCCACUUUUCCUGAAGUGAGCCGGA